AGCACCUCUCUUUGUUAACAUAACCUAAAAAUUCUGUUUUACUCCAAAAGUUCAUAAACAAAACCACGUCAAACAGCUGGAAACUUAUUGAAAUAUUUGCUGUUUAUUUUAUAGAAAAUAUAAAAAUUAUUUUAAAAAUGGAGGAACAAAAUAUACCGAUUGAUAUUAAUUCCGGUAAAUUAUUGGAAUGGUUAUUAAAUCGACGACAUUGUAAAAAAGAUUGGCAAACUCAUAUUUUAUCAAUUAGAGAAAAAAUCAACAAUGCCAUUCAGGAUAUGCCAAUUCACGAAGAAAUUGCAAAACUACUUUCUGGAACACACAUAAACUAUUUUCAUUGUAAGAAAAUUGUUGAAAUUCUCAAAGAGACUGAAGCUGAUACAAAAAAUUUAUUUGGACGUUAUGGAUCGCAACGAAUGAAAGAUUGGCAGGAAAUUGUCAAAUUAUAUGAAAAAGACAAUCUUUAUCUUGCUGAAGCUGCGCAAAUGUUAAUUAGAAAUAUUAAUUAUGAAGUUCCUGGUUUUAAGAAGCAAAUCCAAAAAUUGGAGCAAAUACAAAACGAAUUGGGUAAAAAGGAGAUAGAAUACAAAAAAUCGGAGAAUAUCGCUCAUUCGGAAUUUAAUGUGACUUGCAAACAGUUGGGAAUAAUGGGUAAUUAUAUAAAGAAGGAAUUAGUUGAAAGAUUAGCGGAACUUCCGGAAAUUUAUCAACGUGUGGCUAAAAAAACAAAAUCACUUGGAAAUGUUGUUGAAUUUUACAAUGCUUUCGUGGAAUUUACACUUGGCAGAAAACACAGCGGUGGCUGUAUUCCACUUGUGCAAUAUAUAGUUGAAAAAGGAAAUACCACGACAUAUGAAUGGAUUUACGGUGAACCGCCUUUGUCCAUUAUUGAAACUCCAUUGGACAUUAGUCUCGAUGAUGAAAAUAAAUUAGAUGACACUAUAGAUUUUGGCGACAACAUUGAUGAUGCAAAUUUCAGUGGAUUAGAUUUAAAUGGUGCAAUUGAUUUUGGCGAUGUUAAUUUAGCGGCGGAGGGUGAUAUUGAUUGGGGCGAUGUUAAUGUUGAACAAAUUGCCGAAGGUGAAAUUGAUUAUAAUAUUUCCCUGGAGUCGGGAAUUGUUGUUGAGGCCGAUGGUCAUGACGGUGGAGUUGCAACUGGAAAAGAAGCACUCACAGUUUUGGAUAAUCCAUCAACGAGAAAUGAAUUUAUCGAUCAACUUUUCGAGUUGGAAGCAUUCCUAAAAUUGAGACUUUAUGAAUUUAAAAGUGACAAUAGUAAAAAUUUAUUAAGCAUGAGUCAAAUGCAAGAAGCGUCUUCAAUUCUUCAAUUGGCAACUUUGGAUAGUACACAAAAUAUGUUGGAUAAUUUGCAAAUUAUUUUAUCCGAAAUGUUGGACUCGAGAGUUCAACAUCUAUACAAUAUCAAACAUUCGCCUAGAUAUGUUGAUACAUUGACAGCGACAUUGAAACAAAAAUUGACAAUGGUUGAAAAAAUGAAGAGUUUACAGACGACAAUGCAAAAAAAGAAGGAUGAGACGCGACAGCAAAUUAUUGAUAUUCAACCAAUGUUAAAAAUAGUAAUUCAAAGGACUAAAGAACUUCAAAAUGAGAUUGAGGAGGACAUUUCGAAAAAAUAUAAAAAUAGGACUGUUUACUUAACAGGAGGCGUGAAUGCACUGUAAAUUUGUUUUUUUUUUAAAUUUUCAACUAAAGGUUAAAGGGUUUUUUUUUGUUUGUUGUAUAUUUACAGAUUUUUUAAAUUCGCAUAUAUUAUAAUAAAAAAUUAUAAAAAAAUCGUUUCUGUUUAUUUUCUUGUUACAUUUUAUUUAUUUGCAAUUGUAAUUUAAUUUUCGAUUCAUUUUCAUCUGAAAAUUGAUUUCCAUUAUUGCUAAUUUAUUCACAAAGAAGUCAAGUGCCCAUGGAAUUUCAAAAUCUGAGUUACAUUUUAAUGGGAGGAAGUAGAGCGUGAAAUAAAAAAGUAAAAAAAAUGAUUCAUUGAAUUUGUGU